GCUGUCGUGGGGAAAAAGGUUAUUUUGCAGAGAUUUGAACGGGAGGCGAGAGGGCCCCGGGAUGCUCGCCGCUCCGGGCAGGAGCCGGGGCAAACCGAGGCUUUUCUUUAGGCGGCUCGGUCCGCAGCUCCCAACAGCUCCUCUCCCGGGUGGGUGGAGCGGGUGGGAUGUCGCUUCGGCACACCAGCCCUGCCUCUGUGCGGUGGUGGGAACCGUCCUCUAGGCUGGUGUCCUUCCCACUUGGAUGGCUCUGGUGGAAAACUGAGGUGCACCUUGGCUGGUGAUCAUGGAGCCCACAUCGCUUCUUCCUGUCCUUCUGACUCCUGACCCCCAGGACUUAAACCAAGGGACGACCGAGUCAAAUGAGCCUGCUGUGGAUCCCUGCAGCCUCCUUUCUGGAAGGCACUAUGAAGUCGUGCCUUGCAUCAUCUGUGCUCUCUGCUGCAUUUUUGGAGUGGUUUACUGCUGCUUUGGUUACCGCUGUUUCAAAGCCAUCAUGUUCCUCUCAGGUCUGCUUUUUGGUUCAGCUGUGAUCUUCCUGCUCUGUUACAAGGAGCGCAUCUUGGACACGCAGCUGAGCUUGGAGGUCAGCGCCGGCAUUGCCCUGGGCAUUGGAGUUCUGUGUGGCUUGGUCACCAUGUUGGUGCAUUCCGUUGGGUUGUUCCUGACUGGGCUUCUACUUGGCUUGCUGGUGGCCACUGCUGGGCUGGUGGCCACGGAGCCUUUGUACGAGCUGCGCAGUGCCUGGGUCCCUGCUGGAUCUCUCUUGGGCUCUGCCCUCUUGGGUGCUGUCUUGGCCUUGCGUUGGCAGAAGACCCUCACGGUGAUCUCCACGGCUGUGUUUGGGGGCGCCGUGCUAACCCUCUGCUUGGACUAUGCUGUGGAGAACCUGGCUUUGGGCCAGCAUGUGUAUGACCGCCUCCGCCUGGCCCCUGCUUCCCCACUCUGCUGGUGUGGCUGGGCCGUGCUGGCCACCUGGCCCGUCCUUGCCUUAAUGGGAAUCCUGCUGCAGUGGAAAGUGACCGCUGAGGGCUUCUCUCACACCGAUGUGGUCUUGAAUCGGCGCCAGAAGCAGCUGCAACUAUUACGGAUUCGGCAGCGUGAAGCCAAGAAGAGGCAGCAGAGCCAGGCUCCCCAAGAGGGGUCCUACCGACACAAAGCUACUGCAGUCAAGCGCUGUGCGGGAGAUGUCCUUGCACCAAGUUACAUCCAGAGCCUGCGUGAUCGCCAACAGCUGGGAACGGGCACCUCGCUGAGCUCCCACGCUCACACCACGGUGGAUCUGGAUUACGACAGUGGGUCUACUGUGCCUCUCACCAUUCCCCGAGGCUGCCUCUGAAAAAGGGGUGACUUCGUCCCCCAUUUGUGCCUUAAAGAGGGACAUAGCCCAACUCAGCCCGAGGUUCUGAAUAUUAUUGUCCUACACACAAACGUCCUUGGCUAGCCUGCGAUUUUUUUUAAAUGCCUUUUUUUAAAUGUUUAGAAUGGGUGGGCUUUGUUUCUUCCCCCUUUGGAAGGCAGGGCUUGACACCCUAUAUGACUAUAUCAUAGUAGGAGAGAAGGGAUUUUUAAAAAUAGUCAAAUAAUUUAUUACCUAUUAAGUCAGGUAAAGGAAGAAAACCACCUUAUUCUGCAGGGUAUCCACAGCUGCCUUCCAAGCUCUUCUGGAACGAACUGGCUACUCAGCAGUGCCUGUCCUGAUCUCUGAGGCUAGUUUAGUGUCUGCUCUGACCAGGGUUGAGCUCAGCCACGAUCAUUCACUUUCCUUCGGAGGCCAGGGCUCUUUGCCCUAGAAUGCAGGAGGGCUGAGAAACAUUACUCCGCGCUGAGUACUUUUUGUGGCCUAGAUCAGUUGCCUUUUGUAGAAAUGCUUACCUCAGGGGUAAAACAGCUAGGAGGUAACUUGAAAUCAUUAACACUACUACAAGUUCACGGGAUAAACUUGCUUUCAUUUGUGGUGCUUUCUCAACACUUUUGGUAUGUGUGCCUUAUGAUGACAGACUCCUGUGAGAAUUUCCAGAGUUCCGUUACUUUUUUCUGUAAGACGGUUCUGGGCUGCCUUCCCCAAGAAGGGAAUGUUACUCUUCAACCUUCCCUGCCCUGUCUAGAUGAAGAUCUGUGGCGGACACUUUUCAACAAUAUUCAGGCAUUCAGCCUUCACACAGUUAAUGUUGCCUGACCCGAGUGUAGGGCUACACUCACUGCCUUGCCUCCGGACCACAUCAUUAUUGGCCAGGCUCUACCACUGUCCGUGAAGGAGGGUAGAGUGCAGAAAUAAUGGUCCUCUGGAUGAUGUUGGGGUUCUAGUAAGCCCCAACUAGCAUAGUGAAUGACCAGGUAUGGGCGGAACUGUAAUCCUAAAACAUCAAGGGUUCCCAAUUCCUCAUCCCUGUAUUAGAGGAAUGUCUGAACAGAGUUUAAUGACGUUACCUGUAAUGCAUUACUUUUGAAGUACUGUAAUGACAUUACCAUAAUAGAACUAUAGAAGAAUGGAGCUGGAAGGGGCCUAUAAGGCUGUCAUGUCCAGCCCUCUGCUGAAGGCAGGAAUCCAAUUCAAAGUAUACCUGACAGGUGGCUCUCUAAUUUGCUUUUGAAUGCCUCCAGCACUGGAGUGCUCACCACCUCCCUCGGUCAUUGGUUCCAUUGCCACAUUGCUCUAACAGAAUUACUUCCUAAAAGGAAAAGGAUGAUUAGUAAUGUCAUUGAUUUUUGAUAUGAUGAGAAAUGUUUGAUCCUAAAAAGGUUGCUUUUAGAGCAUCAUAUUUCUGUUUUUUUAAAAAAAUGUGUUCCUGUUAAAGUGCAUUUUUUAAAAAUAUAUAUAUGUAUAUUUGAAAGUAACUAAAAAGUAAUAUGUUCCUGACAUGUUACUCUUAGAGCAACUUUGAUGAAGUAAUGCCUAAUGUGUAAAGUAAGGCUGGUGAAGAACUGUGAGAAUGCAAUUUGAAUUCAUGAAGGGAAGCCCUCAUUUGUGCAUCAGGUAUCUUUCUUCAGGCCUUCUUCUCAAGUGGAUGGAUGGAUGGAUGGUGAGACCGGACGACCAGGGUCCCAACAAGUGUGAACAACUCAUCCUCUUAUGUGACCGUAAGCCUGGUAGUAGUGAAGGCCAAAUAGGGCCCUAAUUAUCCCAAGUGCCUUUUCUAAUGGACACCCAGCCUUACUUGCACCAAAGUAGUUUUCAGUGUAACUUGACACUGGUGUUUUCAAACACAUGUAGAUAAGGAUUUAAAUCUUUUGUCAAAGUGCCAACUCUUUAGCUAUAGGCUGAAAACACAGAUUCCAAUUCCUGAACUAUUAAUCUGAAUUCAGCAGUUACACACUGGGUUUGGAACCCUAUUCCAGGGAUCUCUUUGUUAUAGCAGAUUAUUUCCUGUGGAUUGUUUUUUGUUACUAUUUUAUAAUGUCUGUUCAUAAAACUUAACACAGAUGCAUUUGUGCUGUAU